AUGGUGAGAUCGACCGAUACCAAGAAGUCCGUCCGCCUGGCGACGGCAUGCACCGAAUGCCAGCGCCGGAAACAAAAGGCAAGCACCGACAUCCAGCGAUGUGCAGUCGGGAAUGGCCAUGCAAUCAAUCACUGUCAAGGGAGGCGGAUUGCUCACCUCUGUAAAUUUACGCCCAAGAAAGUGCUCAAGGCGGCGAAGCCCGUCAGUAAUGAUCCAAGGUCUGAUAAUUGUAAACGGCCUCCUUCGGACAGUUUGUUGAUUCCCUUCAGGACCCCGAAUACUCCUGCAAGAAACAAUGCAGAUUCAAGCCCAGACUCCUUGAGUUCUAACAGCGUAUCGGCCAUCGCCAGUGGGGAUGGCUUCCGGAUGCUGGGAUACCUCCCCGACAAUGAAAAUGUGCUCCAGGGAGGUACUGAUCAAUACCAAUCGGCAGCCAUAUCACCACUUCCUCGGGGGAACUUAUCGCCUGAAUUGGAGAAAGCAAUCCGUACCAUCCCCCCGAAGCCCUACACAGAUAUUCUGGUGCAGCUCUUUCUCAGUGACAUGAAUGAUCAGUAUUACUGUCUUUAUCCACCCACUUUCUCACUCGAUUACUCCACUUGGUGGGUGGGAAAGGCAAGUGGUGAGACAUUGACGCCAGAGUUUACAUGUCUGCUUCUACACGUCUGUGCCUGCGGCGCCCUUUAUCUGGACCCUGAAGCACGGCAAAAAUUGGAGAGUGAACUGGGCGAAAGCUCCCAAAACCUUGCGGAGCAAUAUCACCAUACUGCCAAACAACUUAGCAAUACCAUAGCCCCAGGCAAAGGAGGCCUAAUACAGGUGCAACAGUUGUUUAUAAACGCGGUAUGGUAUAAGACCGAAGCAUUGUUCAUCGAGUCGUGGCAUGCCUUAGGUGCUGCUAUCCACGAGGCUCAGGAGUUAGGUAUGCACAGAAGUUCCUCCAAGGCAAAGGUCUCUGAGUUUGAAGGGGAGAUGAGAAGACGGCUUUGGUGUACACUCUACACCUGGGACUGGCAAAUGUCGCUACUAUUGUCGCGUCCGUUUGUCAUAAACAGCAACUAUUGCUCCUUCGAGCUACCCAAUGUACGCCUCGAGACAGGUGCAGAUGCCCCAUCGCCAAUAACACAUAUAACCCUCCAGUGUCAACUAGGGCAAACGAUCUCAACUAUACCCGGAGUUAUGGGGGGAAUCCUGAAUCCCACGCAGGCUGUCUCCAUUCAACAAGAAACCGAGAGAUGGUUUGACUCUUUUCCGCCUCCGUAUCGACUUAUUGACCCCGACACUCGUUGGGACCAAUCUCAUCCUUAUGUAACCAUGCAACGACAUCAAGUACAUGCUAUCGGCUGGAUGGUCAUGCUUCUACCAUUAAAGCAAUGUCUUACAAAAGAUCUAGACCAGGACAAGCCCAGUAUUGAAAAGAGUCUCCGACCAAACGCUUCACACAUGCUUCCCGCAAAUACAAAGUUCCAUUCUGCACCUUUUCUGAUGUUCGAUACCGCUGCCUUUUUGUGUUCUGCAAUCAUACACGACAGCAGUCGAACUCUGCCACAACGAGACAAGGUCGUUGAAGCGAUUGGCUUAGUCCUCAAGGCGUUAGCGCAAAUAUCUCAAAACACAAAGACUGGCGCCAUCUGCUCUGCAGUUCUUACCAAACUUGCAAGUAGCACACCUUUGUCUCCGGAAGAGAAGGCUUUGAUGUUUGCCAAGUCGCCGGAAGUAUCGCUUGAGGAACCUCGAACACCGCCUGCUAUCCGGCCAGGUCUGGAUGCUCUUUGUGGUGAUGAUGCAUAUCUCGGAACCUCUCUUUCAACUUCGAACAAUUUUGGGGACACGAUGGAGAUGUCGUUAUCCCUAGGACUCAACCCUGCUGAUAGCAUGGGUGGUUACAUGGGGCUGAGUGAUAUUCCCAAUAUGGAUCUGGGCGUGUUGGGCCAGAUAUGGGACUGGGAUAAUCUUGAUCUUGAUUUGCCGGGUUCUCCGACCCUAUAA